AUGCUGGCAACGCGACAGGUCCAGAGGCAGGUCCUCACUCGCUCGCGGGUGAUGGCUAACAUGCCCCUUCGACGCACCAUGGCGACCGUGACCGAUUUGCCCUUGGAUAGAAAGGUCAAACAAAACAAUCUGGAAGAAGGCAACUUCAUCAACUACAAGAAGAUGUCCGAGAACCUGGCCAUCGUCCGAAGCCGACUCAAUCGCCCACUCACCUAUGCUGAGAAGAUCGUCUACUCUCAUCUCGACGACCCCCAUGGCCAGGAGAUUGAGCGUGGCAAGUCUUAUCUCAGACUGCGACCGGAUCGUGUUGCUUGCCAGGAUGCCACUGCUCAGAUGGCCAUCCUGCAGUUCAUGUCUGCCGGUAUGCCUUCCGUGGCCAACCCUGCGACUGUUCACUGCGAUCACUUGAUUGAGGCACAAAUCGGUGGUGUUAAGGAUCUUGAGCGGGCUGUUAGCAUCAAUAAGGAAGUAUACGACUUUUUGUCUUCUGCCUGCGCCAAAUAUAACAUUGGUUUCUGGAAGCCUGGCUCUGGAAUCAUCCACCAGAUCCUCCUCGAGAACUACGCUUUUCCCGGUGGCUUGCUGAUCGGAACUGACUCGCACACUCCCAACGCCGGCGGUUUGGGCAUGUGUGCCAUCGGUGUCGGUGGUGCUGAUGCUGUCGACGUUAUGGCCAACCUUCCAUGGGAACUGAAGGCACCCAAGGUGAUUGGUGUCAAGCUCACUGGUGAAAUGUCUGGCUGGACUUCACCUAAGGACAUCAUUCUCAAAGUUGCCGGUAUUCUCACUGUCAAGGGUGGAACUGGUGCCAUCGUUGAGUAUCACGGCCCUGGUGUGAAUGGUAUCUCAGCCACUGGCAUGGGGACCAUCUGUAACAUGGGAGCUGAGAUUGGUGCCACCACCUCUGUCUUCCCCUUCAACGACCGAAUGUACGACUACCUCGUAGCCACCAAGCGCAAGGAUAUCGGUGACUUCUCCCGAGUUUACGCCAAGGAGCUUCGUGAGGACGAGGGCGCCGAGUACGACCAGCUCAUCGAGAUCAACCUGUCCGAACUUGAGCCUCACAUCAACGGCCCCUUCACCCCCGAUUUGGCCACCCCGAUCUCCAAGUUCAGCGAAGCUGUCAAGGCCAACAACUGGCCGGAAGAGCUUAAGGUUGGCUUGAUCGGAUCGUGCACAAACUCGUCGUACGAGGACAUGUCCCGUGCUGCCUCCAUCGCUCGUGACGCCCUUAACCACGGAAUCAAGUCCAAGGCCGCCUUCACCGUGACGCCUGGUUCUGAGCAAAUUCGUGCCACCAUUGCCCGUGAUGGUCAGAUGCAGACCUUGGAGGAGUUUGGUGGUAUGGUUCUCGCUAACGCUUGCGGUCCUUGCAUUGGUCAGUGGGAUCGUAGGGAUAUGAAGAAGGGCGAGGCCAACUCAAUCAUUUCGUCCUACAACCGUAAUUUCGUUGGACGCAAUGACGGCAACCCUGCUACCCACUCUUUUGUUACUUCACCUGAUUUGGUCGUUGCCCUCAGUAUUGCCGGCUCCCUGCACUUCAACCCCUUGACCGACAAGCUGAAGGACAAGGAUGGCAACGAAUUCAUGCUCCAGCCGCCUAGUGGUGAUGGUCUUCCCUCUCGAGGAUACGACCCCGGCCAGGACACCUACCAAGCUCCCCCCGCAGAUCGCACCACCGUUCAGGUCCAGGUUUCCCCCACCUCAGACCGUUUGCAGACCCUCUCUCCCUUCAAGGCUUGGGAUGGCAAAGAUGCCAUGGACAUGCCCAUUCUCAUCAAGACCCAGGGCAAGACCACGACUGAUCACAUCUCAAUGGCUGGGCCUUGGCUAAAGUAUCGUGGUCACCUGGACAACAUCUCGAACAAUAUGCUGAUCGGUGCCGUCAACGACACCAACGGCGAAGUAAACAAGGUCAGGAACUUUACCAAUGGGGAGUGGGACGCUGUGCCGGCUACCGCUCGUGACUACAAGUCCAAGGGCAUCAAGUGGGUUGUUAUUGGCGAUUGGAACUACGGCGAGGGUUCUUCCCGAGAACACGCUGCCCUCGAGCCCCGUCACUUGGGCGGCAUUGCCAUCAUCACCCGAUCCUUCGCUCGUAUCCAUGAGACCAACUUGAAGAAGCAGGGUAUGCUGCCUCUCACGUUCGCCGACCCUGCCGACUACGACAAGAUCACAGGUGAUGACAAGGUCGACAUUCUCUGCACUGAGCUGGCUGUUGGCAAGCCCAUUACAAUGGUUGUGCACCCUGCCGAUGGAAGUGAACCUUUUAACGUGAAGUUGAAUCAAACAUUCAAUGAGCCGCAAAUCGAGUGGUUCAAGAACGGAAGCGCAUUGAAUACCAUGGCCAAGGCGCACGCCAAGUCGUCAUAA